AUGGGUUUGGGUUCAAUCUCGGAGAAAGAGUUUCGGGACGAGCAGAAAAUGCGCACGCGAUUCUUCCAGUUAUGGAGAGCAGGAAAGGUGAACCACUUCGACAGCCACGUGAAGAACGCAGCAAAGAAGGACAGUUUCCCGCGGCUGGGCACUUGGCAGGGCCACGAGCGAAUUCGGUUCCCCAGUAAGCCCCAGCGGAUAAGGAGUACGCACGAUGAAGUUGGGCCGGGAUCCUUGAGACCCCAAGCCCAUAAAGCCGCUCAACAACUCGAAGCCCAGCUCAAGGCUUCCAAUAUCCGCUUCGAGAAGAUGAUCGGCUGGGGUGGAGGUGGGAUAGCCUGCCUGUGUGAAACAACCAAGGAGAACGGCGAAAAGUUCAAGAUCGUCUGCAAGGCCAGCAUAAGCCAAAACCCUGACGACACACUGGAACUUGAGUGGGAUAACCACAUGCAAAUGGCUGGGGCAAAGCACAUUGUCCAGCGUGUCGUGCUCCAGGCUUCGCCAUCGAAGAACCAGGGACAACAACCGCACGCGUCUUCCAGUCAAGCUCCCCCAGCCGGGAGCCUAUCCACCCAAUUCAGGGGACUCGCCAUCGGUAACAGCAACAACAACAACAACAACAACAACAACAAUAACAACAGUUCUGGAGGAAACACCGUGGAGAAGGCAAGGCAGGCCUUCGAUGCGAGGAAAGACAUCUUGUUCCUCGAAUACAUGAGGCGAGGGAACCUGAAUACCUACCUGGAGAAGAUGGGUGCAGCCUCAAAGCGAUUCCCAGACCAGGUUCUGUGGCAGAUCUUCCACUGUCUGUUCAAGGCGUGUCUCGCUAUGGCAUAUCCUCGCGGGUUCCAACCGCCAGGAUUGAAUGCUGAAACCACAAACCUGCCGCAGGUCAGCGAGAGUCACGUCGGUUUUGCUAAGCCAGACUUCCUAUCGCCGGUCAUGAUCCACUUCGACAUCGAUGCAUCGAAUGUCCUGGUCGGGGACUUCGAUGAGGACGAGCACAAUCUAGUGCCUCUUAUCAAGAUCUCGGACUUGGGAAUAUCAAGGGUCAUAGACGUGAAUUUCCGAAACCACGAGCAAUACACAUGGCGUGCGCGGCUUUGCGGAAAACAAGAGUACUACACGCCGGAACAGUUUACCGAAGAAUGGGAUUUUGUGCCCGGGGCCCCAUACUGGCGAGACGAGCCCACGGCGGGCAAUUACCACUGGUGGACAAACAUGUAUCAAGCUGCCCACGUUAUGUGGUCGCUGAUAACCCUCUGCCACCCCACGUACCCCCCUGAAGCCAGGGAACACAUUGGGCACUACGAGAAGACUCCCGAGAAGACACUUAGAUACGAGUGGAGUUACGGAGGUUAUCUCUUCGAGAACGAAUUCGACGACGUCGACCUGGAACUUCGAGAGCUUGUCGUCGCGUGUAUGAACCACGAUCCCACCACACGCCCGUCGAUUGCCAUCCUUGCCAAAGAAUUCGAGGAAUAUGCGAAGAAAGCCGCCGCAUCAGGGCCAGAAGAUGAGGAGAUCCAGCGACUGGCCCAUGAGAUCUUCGGAGACCCGCCGCCCCCCGUGUCUGUUGUGCCUUCCACCGCGACUCAGUCACCGACCCAAGCCCAGAAACCGGCGACGCCACCGCCGCAGGACCCAUCCGCUCAGCCAUUCCCGGCGCUGAACCGGCAACCACGCGGCAAUAUAGGCCGCAUCGGUCACCACAGCCAGCAGGAGCAGGGCCGUCCGGUCAGGUCCGUGGACAACCACAGGCUUCUUCUUCUUACGCCACGGUUCUCCCUACGGGACAAGCAACAAUUCAGCCUGCGGCACCUCCUGCAGCAUCUUCUUUAG